GUGUGUCCGUUCGUCCACCCAGCGUGAAGAGGUGCAUUAUAGCCAUUCACCAUGGACUCGAAAGGUGUUGAUCGUGGGGUGAGGCAUCAGCAGAGUUCAGAAUCUCCUCCCACGCUACCCUCGCCCCUUCCAUAUAGCUCGGGAUUCGCUGCGGAUGACAUCCACAAUAGACACAGGAGUGGCAUCGUCUUACGCAGGUCGCCAUCUCCUUCAUCUGCAUCAGAAAUACACAAAAGCAACAAAUUGUCUAAGGGUGAAUCUCCUGUGGAACGGCGGAGAAAAAAAAGAAGCCAGUCCAGAUCUUCAUCGACGCGGUCACAUAGACGUUCUAGAUCAAGAGAUAAAGACAAGAAUAGGGAAGUAUAUAAGGAAAGGUCUAGGAAGCACGCGAGAAGGGAUAGAUUCUCGAGGUCUGGAUCAAGGGAAAGGUCAAGAUCAAACGAACGCAGGCGCAGUAGAAGCCGAAAUAAAAGUAGAGACAGAUUCAGGCAUAGGGAUAGCAGGAGGCAUCAUAGAACAGUAUUAUAUGAGUCUAAUGCGCUACAAGAUGUUGCGGAACCUGUUCUCUCACAGCCUUACAGUUCCAUGCAGCCGAAUGCAUUUAAAAAUGAUGGUAGCUUCAUGGAGAUGUUCAAAAAAAUGCAGGAACAAAUGCAGCCAGUUAGUACACCACAGCCAUUAGCCAGCUCUUCUUUCUCUCUAGCUACCUCGUCAGCCUCUGUUCUUUAUGAAAAAACUAUUCCUCCUCCCCCGCUCAUGGUCGGCAAAAGACGAGGAGGAAGAAUUCUGAAGACCGGAAUGGUUGCCAAACCGAAGAGUGAGCCCAUCACUGAUCAACCGAAAGAUGCCUGGUCGCUUUAUAUGGCAGAGGUGAAGAAGUAUCGUGAAGUGUGCUGUCAAGAAGAAGAUAAUACCAGACCAUUGGUCAAAUAAAUAUACAUGUCUGUCGCUUUGACUUUAUUAUUUUAUUCAUUAUUAAAAUACAGGAAAGCAUUGAAAACAA